GGCCGUGCGAUCGUGCGCGCCCGCUGCACACAAUUUUUGUUGGAGCGUCCAUUACAAAGGAGCCUCCGUGAUUCAAGAAAACACGCGCGGCCAUCACAAGUUGCUGCCGCGUGUUACAUCAAGAAGCCUCGUUACCAAGAUUCGAGCCGGAUACAACUUUGAACAUCGUUUCAAGACAAAACGGAACAAAGGAGUAUAUCGACAUUGGCGAGGUCAUUCGAGAAACAUCGAGACACGGAUUGCUUCGCGGCGAACGGCGUGAAUCAUACAAAUUCAAGACAAGACAAGAUUUGUUGUAACAAAUCAAGAAAUAUUGCUGUGUUGUGCCAGUUUUUACGAAUACAGUGCAAAUCAUUUUGAUUUUAUAAAUUCCAGCGAUCCGACGCCAGACCACGCCGCGCGGCCGCGUGGCUAGCUGCAGUCGCGCCUGUCCUUUCUGCUUCGCAUUGCUUCUGUCGCAACUUCUCUGCUUUAAGUAUUGUUUUGUAUUCUUCCCUUUUUUCUCUCACGCUAAUUAUUGCUAAUUAUUAAUUGCUUUCAGUUGAAAAAUUUGAAAUUGAUUUCGGUUGGUGUCAUUUGCUUAUUUAUUUGCACGAUGGAUAUUAAAUCAUUAAAGAAAACUAGUUCUAGCCAUAAGGCGAAGCUUACCAUAUUUAAAACAUAUAUAGAUUCACUUUUGCCUAGUAAAAGGGUCAAUGAGGUACAAGCUUUUGAAUUAAAGGCUCGCUUAGAUAAAAUUCUAGAUUUAUACAAUGAGUUCGAUUCAGUUCAGACUGAUUUAGAAAGUCUUGUGGAAAUUUCAGAUGAUGAACACAAGGAAAGAGAGAUUUUCGAGAACAGCUACUUCGGCUGCGUGGCUUUUGCGCAGAAGAUGCUCAGCGCUGCCUCUGCGGAUCAGGAUGCCGGGUCGGUGACGGGUUCUAAUAUUAACACUGGACCGUCUGGUCAUGAUGAACAGCGCUGUAGGCUCAGUUCCUGUAAGCUGUGCACACAGCGCCACAACACUCUGUUACACAAUAAAAACACUGUUCCGGAAGCUUCAACUUCAUCAGCGGGCUGUGUAGUCUUGCCCACUGUGCAGGAACAGACUCAAAAGGAAUCGAGUGGUGUCACACUCUCAUCCACACAUCACAGUCAGAAUUGCAGAUCCGAAACAAAUGGCGCACAAAUAGAGGACAACCACAGCCAGGAGAGAUGGUUCUCAUUAAAGAUGAUCGGCUGCCCCCCAAUAGAUGGCUGCUGGGACGUGUCACCACAGUUUACCCAGGCGCUGACGGCGUCAACCGGGUGGCAGACGUAAAAACUACUUCAGGAACCUUACGCAGAGCUUGGAAUAGGCUCUGUCCAUUACCAGUUAUGUUGGACCAGAAAGAUGCAUCUGCUCCAAGAGGGCCAGUUUGUUAACGAACGAAGCGGUGCCCCCCCUCUACGUGCUGCGGGACGCGCGCGCGCCGCCGCCAUCCCAUUCCGCCACCGACCGGCCGUGCGAUCGUGCGCGCCCGCUGCACACAAUUUUUGUUGGAGCGUCCAUUACAAAGGAGCCUCCGUGAUUCAAGAAAACACGCGCGGCCAUCACAAGUUGCUGCCGCGUGUUACAUCAAGAAGCCUCGUUACCAACUUACAACACACUUACUACCAGAUGGGCCGUGAGCUCGUCCAUCCAUCUAAGCAAUAAAAAAAACAGAAUAGAUAAAUUUGUCUCCUACUAACAUACUACAAUUUCAAUUACCUAUAAUUACUACAAUAGCGCUGAAAUAACUAAUCCACUAAAUUUAAAAACUAUGAUAAACCGUUUACUAAGGGGAUUUAAAUCAUUUAAUCCGUGUUUGUGAUCAAUUGUUAGAGCAUCAAAUUGUGUAAACGAAAAAAGGUUAAUUGCUAGUAUUUGAUUCCAGUUUAGACUAUCACGUCUCAAGACGGGCAGCUUAAUUCUGUAUUAUUGUAUCCAUUGGGUUCAGUACAAAUCUAGCACGUGGUUCAACCAAAUGAACAAAGGUUAUGGGUAUUAUUGAUUGUACUUCGAGGAUAGUUAAUGACUGUAACAAUAUACUAACUACCUUCCAUCACUACGAUAACAAUUCCUUAAUCGCUGCUCCUACAGGAAUAGAAUCAAUUCAUAAAAGCUCGAUGAAGAUGAUGAUAUAGUAACAAUACCUAGCUCUUGGCUCAUAAGAUCGGUGUGCACACGUGAGACGCUACUCUCGCAGCUGCCAUGUGUGUUUCGUGAUGGCCGCAACGUGACUUCGACCGGAAUGUUUAUUGGAAGGUCCAGAGUUCACAUCGUAAGGCCUCGUCUAAUGUGACUUUAUGUUAGCGGGGCAAAGGUCGCGAUCGUGUCCUUAAAGCAUAUUAAAGUUUUCGUCCAAAAACGCAUCGAGCUACAAUAUUAGCAAAAAUGUUCCGGAAGCUCUCACUCAAUCAGAGCUUAAGGUAUUGAAUAUAGGAGAACAAAUAUAAAUCAAAUGGAAAUGUGCAAAGGGCGGUUUUUGUCAAGUCGAAUUGGAAAUGUUUAAAAAAUUUGGUAUUGCAAUAUUUAAUGGCGUUGAUGGGCUGACGAACCCUUCGUCCUCUCUAGUAUUUAUCGGUUAGUAGAGCUCAAAAGCACCACAAUGUGGAUACUGCCGCUUCUUGGCAUGUUUAUCGGCAAUGCUGUCAAAGUAAUGUCAUAUAAUGAGGGUAUACAGUAAUGCCAGUACAUACGUUUUUCUGUUAAAUAAAGUAAACAUACUUAUUCAUUAUCGAAGAAUUUUACUUACCGUCCUCAUGUUUUUUAUUGUAAUUUGACACAGAUUAUACUUUAUUAGUAUUGGCUAUUAGUCUUAUAUGUAUAAUAAGUGUACUAUCUACGGCUGUUUUUGGCAGGAAGGCGAGAAGCAAGGCUCUAUAAACUGUUUUAUUUCGUUAGGGUUUUUUUUCUUUGAGUUAACGUGUAACAAUGGUGGUUUAUUAGCAAUCGCAUCUGUCAUAGUGCAAAGCGUGGAAACGAAAUAAAGUCGCUGGACGUUGUAUCGGUUGGUUCUUUCAAAAAGUCCACUAAAAUUUUAAUAAUUUGGCUGUGAUAUUAUUUGAUUUCAUCUCAUCUCGUUACAUUACAUUUCAUUCAAUUAACGUAAUAUAAAAAUUCUACCUUAAAAUAUCAACUUAAUUUAAUUCUGUCGUAUUUCGAUCUUCGCAAAUAAUCUAUGGAUAUUUACAUACCUAAUAAUUAAUUGAAUGAACUCAUCGCUAGGAAUAAUGGCGUGGCAAGCAGCAAAAUUAUCAUGCUGAAACAAUUAACAACGACAAUAAUUUGUUUUUGUUGCCUUUCUUUCAAAGUACAUAGAUUAUAUGUUUCAAGAUUUUCCCCGCGAAUAAUACAAGGGCAACAAUGAUAGAUGCAUCCCUGUUCUCUAAACACUUUAAUGCGCGGCACACAAUCAGAUAUUUGUUUUAAAUUAUGGUAAUAAAAUGUCUGCGAGAGUCACGCGCGGCGGAACGCGUGCUCGCGCCCCACGGGAUGAGCGAAUUAGAUCGACCGUCCGAUGUGGGAUAUUGUUAGGCAAGCUCCGAGUUCGAAAUUGAUGGGACGCGGUUAGUCUCAUAUUUCGAAAUCAUAUUG